CGUGUUGCCUUCACUGACACAGUAAGCUCGGGUACUACUUCUUCUGCUGAUUCACCGGCUCUGCUCAUUCAGUCGCGUCACCGAAAGUUCACACGGCUUUCCCCCCCGUGUUCUGCAGCUGCCUUCCAACACACACGCCGUUUGUGUUGGGGUACAAAAGAAAAUAGUUGUGGUAUUCAGUUGUUUAUUUUAAAUCAACGCGAUAAGUGAAAUUCACCCUCCUCGUCAUUACUGCGGAGAUGCAGCGGGCUGGAACACACGCGGUUCCUAUCAAGAACAUUGAGCGGGAGCUGAUCUGCCCCAUCUGCAAAGAACUGUUCACGCAUCCACUUAUCCUGCCAUGUCAGCACAGCGUAUGUCACAAAUGUGUCCGGGAGCUGCUCAUGCUAAACUACGACGAUUCCUUGGAUGGCGGCUCCGAGUGUUCAUUGCCGGGCAGUCCCAGAUCCCGCGUGCCGUCGCCCUCCAUGGAGAAACUAGACAAGCUGGUGCGAUCAGCCACAGUGCGAAGGUCGCUCGGAAGUCGAGGUAGACGCGGCCUCCGGCUGUUGAGUAGCUGUAGUAGAUCUAUUGCGUCCCCGGGCUGGCGGCGAGGAUCCGUGACACCCCGGGUCACCACUAUCGCAUGUCCAGGCUGUCAGCACGACAUCGACCUGGGCGAGCGCGGCAUCAGCAUGCUUUUUCGCAACUUCACUCUAGAGAGCAUCGUGGAGCGCUACCGGCAAGCGGCCCGCGCCGCUGUCGCCAUCAUGUGCAACAUCUGCAAACCCCCGCAGCAACAAGAAGCCACCAAGAGCUGCAUGGACUGCAAGGCCAGCUACUGCAAUGAGUGCUUCAAGAUCCACCACCCCUGGGGCACACCCAAGGCACAGCACGAGUAUGUGGGGCCCACCACCAACUUUAGGCCAAAGGUGCUGAUGUGUCCCGAGCACGAGAUGGAGAAGGUGAACAUGUACUGCGAAGUGUGCCGGCGGCCUGUGUGCCACCUGUGCAAGUUAGGAGGCACACACGCCAACCACAAAGUCACUUCCAUGAGCAAUGCUUACAAGAUCCUCAAGGAGAAGCUAGCAAAGAGUAUCCAUUACCUCAUCAGCAAAGAGGACCAAGUCAGGACUCAAAUUACUGGACUGGAGCAGCUCAUCAGUCAGACAGAGGAAAAUGGACAGCUGGCUGAACGUGAGGCCAACGAGCACUUUGACCGCCUAUUCGAGACCCUCCAGGAGAGAAAGUCAGAGAUGCUUAAAUCCAUUGAGCAAUCUCGAAACAGACGCAUGGGACAACUCAAAACCCAGAUGGAGGAGUAUCAGGGUAUGUUGGAGAACAGUGGCCUGGUGGGCUAUGCUCAAGAGGUACUCAAAGAAACCGACCAGUCAUGCUUUGUACAGACUGCCAAGCAGCUUCAUGUCAGAAUUCAGAAGGCCACCGAGUCUCUAAGGACUUUCCAUCCGUCAGCUGACCCCAACUUCGACGAGUUUGUGCUGGACACCUCCAGAGAGGAGACCCUCCUUAAAGAGCUGUGCUUCGGUGGAGUUCCGGACCCCCCUGUGAUUGACCUGUCCAAGAGUCGAGUCUAUAAUGAGGCCACCAUCUUCUGGAGGCUGUCCGACGACCAUCAACCGACAGACCAACACUUACUAGAGUACCGCAGACUGUCUCCGUCUCAAGACGACGUUGGGGAUGGCAUCUGGCAAACGAUGGAGCGCUUGCAUGGUCCCAGUACCACCGUAUGCAGCCUGGACGCUGACAGUUUGUACGCGUUCAGGGUGCGAACCUGCAGGAAUUCCAUCUUCAGCCCUUACAGCCCUGAAGUCACAUUCCACACACCCCCUGCACCAGUGUUUGAAUUCCUGUUCAGCGACAAGUGUGGCUUCAGCACAGAGCGCCUGAUGCUCAACAAGCGACGUGACGUGGUGGAGAGUGUGGCUGGCGUGGCCUUUCUGCUUGCAGCAGAUCGCGUGCAGACAGGCAGCUAUGUUGGUCUGGACUACAUCAUAGGUGAUCCGGGCAUCUCUCAGGGAAGACACUACUGGGCCUUAAAGGUGGAGUCGCACUCCUACAUGGUCAAAGUGGGCGUGGCAUCAGACACAAAGCUACUGGAAUGGUUUCACAACCCGAGAGACACCAGCAGCCCCAGAUACGACCACGACAGCGGCCACGACAGCGGCAGCGAAGACGCAUGCUACGACCUCUCCCAGCCCUUCACCCUCCUUACGGUGGGCAUGGGCAAGCUCUUCAUCCCAAAGUCGUCACCCUCGUCUUCAGCUGCCGCUUCAGGCGACCCGGGCAACCGGGCGCUGCCUAUGCCGCAGCGCUUAGGCGUGUGCCUGGAUUACGACGCCGGCCGCGUCUACUUCUAUGACGCCGACAACAUGCGCUGCCUCUACGAGAGGCAAGUGGACUGUUCGGGGACCAUGUACCCAGCGUUCGGCCUAAUGGGUGGAGGCAAAAUCCAGCUGGAGGAGUUUGUCACUGCUAAGAAGCUCAUCUUCUAAAAGGCGGUUGGCCCUAUCCAAGAUGUCUACUUGCACCUUUUGGGGGGAUAACUGGCAGGGAGGUUUCUUAAAUCAGUCAAACCUGCUGAGACAGCUCCCAUCAGGGCCUUCAAAUUGUGAAUCCUGAUCUGAUAUGGUAUGCUCAACACAAAUAUGACAUUUUAGAAUGAAUUUUGGCAGGUGUGUUUUAAUAACAAGACACCUCUAGGCCGGUUGAGGCAGAUUAGAUUUAGCUUUCUGGUCCAAAUUAUGAUACCUCUGCUUGUUAUGAUCAACACAAAUAGGACGGUUUGGCAUUUGAAAUACUGUAAGCAGGUUUUUAAUACAUCAGUGGCCUCCAAGGCAGAUUCAACCAGGGUCUUAAUAGUAAAACCUGUGCUGCUUUAUGAUCAACACGUAAGACAUGACAUUGGGCCAGUAGAUUUUUUUCCCCUCAUCCUUCAAAAGAACUGUGAAACCAACUAUAAAACUUGAGCUGGUAUGUAAAGAUUAACAAAAAUGUGACACAUUGACAAAGUGUGGCCAGCGGGUUUAUUUUGACUAGAGUUUGCCAUGCCCGUUAAGUUGGCUUAGAUCAGGGUCCUCCAUGUUUGUCAUUUGUGAUCAACAUAACACGACAGGGUCUACAUAGCGAGGCAAUGAGAUGCGUACCAAAGUCUCUAUUUUGAAUCCAAGUCAAAUUUGACAUCUUCUGAUUUAACAUGAAACGCGUAAGAGUCGAGAGCAGGGCUUUUGUGUAAUGGUUAUUUUAUGUACAGUAUAUGUUUAUUAGCUGGAAUCCUGCUCUCGUUGUGUAAUAACAUGAUUGGCCGUGUGGUGUCGUAGCUGAAAUCUUUUUCAUAGCGGACCUGAUGGGAGAAAGCUUACGUAGCGAAUCUUUUAGCACUAGCGCCUCUGUGCCUUUCGGUUCAUUUUAUUUUACGCAACCAAACCCUGACACAGUUGCACAAUUGUUUUGGAACACUAUCUGUAUCACGCGCACUGGAGUUUGUUUUGAUAAUGCUUGUUCACUUGUUUUUAUCACUGAAAAACACUACUUUUUGCACUUUUGUUUAAACGGCAAGUUUCAUCACCACCUAGCACGUUCGUGUCCUUCACUUGGUCUCGACGUCAAUUAGUUGAGCGUCAGAAUGUGAACACUUCACACGUCGAACUUCGAUUUACAGGUUCCACCUUCUUCAAAUCUGGUGCACUCAAGCUGCCUUUGAAACACACCGUUGACUUAAGCGUCACGACCGUUUACACUAUGAGGAAAAGGUAGUUUGGUAAUUUGAGUGUUGGGUAGACACACGGACACUUUCAUGGUUGGUUUUCAUUUCAGGAGGGUGUUAGGGUACCACUGGUGCUUUGCAUAAAAAUAUGACCUACCUCCUUUUUUGUCAAGUCUGGGGAAAAAGUUUUUUUGGUUACAUUUGCAGAGACACCAGUUUAAGUCACUUUCAGUGUGUUCGCCUUCAACAUGCCUUCUCUUUUAAAGUCAGGUUAGAUUCUGUAUAUAUGAGGUAUUCACUGGAAAUGGUCACUUGCAUAUCAUGCUAGAGCAGGGUUGUUUUGUGUCCAAGUGUUGUAAAUUUGUUUUGACCAGUGUAAAUUCACCCCUUUAUUUUAAUGUUAUUGGCAACUUUGUCUCCGGUUUUAUUAUUAUUCACUAUAAAUACAAUCAAACCCUUUACAUUUUAACAUGCCUGAUUAAAACUUUUAAUUUUUUAAAAUUCAACGGAGGUUUCAAACUUGAUCCCGAAAAACACCUCUAUGCAUUUAAAGGCAAAAAGGGCAGGUUUCAUUGGGGGAAUGUAACCAACAGCUGAAUGUCCUUGUUUUAUUUUUGGGAUAUUGAAAAUUAAGCAGAAUUCUCGACCAAAAUUGCAGACAAGCUAUCACAAAGCUAGGAUGCUGCAUGUCUCAAUCACUUAUAUGUAUCCUUCCUAACAAAGUGCAAUAAUAUUUAGAUUGAAUAAUUGCUAGCUUUGCUGAGACUGACACUAAAUGCACUGUUAUGAGCUAAGGUUGAGGUUCAGAUGCGUCAAUUAAAAAUACUUUUUUCUUUUAAAAAUAUUUUCCUCUGAAAUUGUUGAAGGUGGUGCAUAUAUUUACUGUAUGUGUGCUGUAAAUGUGAGUACAAUUAUUUGCUGGACACUUGUCUGUAUGUGUGAAAAUUUCAUCGAAUAAACUUGUUUCUACAAAGAAAAAAAAAAAAGCCAACCAUUGUUCUUAGCCGUUUAAAAGACCAAGUAAGUAGUGGGAAUAGGAAGGUUUACAGAAGUUUUAAGUUUUAUAGUUCAUACAUUGUUAAUUAAUGUUAGUAUCAUCUUGAAUUAGUUUGAAUGGUAAAUGUAUUUUUUAAAAAAUGUCUAAUUUCUAUAUAAUUUAAAGCUGUAAUGUGAAGUAAUUUCAUAAUAUGCCAAAUAGGGUCACAAUUAAAGUAAUUAAACAUUGUCCAACAAAUAAAGCAUGAAAAAAUAAUUUAUAUGUUGUAUAUUUGACAAAAUAAUCGCGUUUCCGAAGUUCGAGCCUGAAAGGGGAUGAACCCGGAAGUGAUCCGUCACACCGGGAACGCAAUGGCACCUCCGUACAUACGGCCGCCAUACAAAGGCCUUCAAACAAUGAUUCAAACAGCGAUAUAAAUGAUAGAUCAAGCGCAAGGGAGGAGAUCCAAGUUUUUGAAGAGUUGGAGGAAGAGGAAGAGGUUGGAAUUUUAUGUUGGAUCGUACAUGUAUUAGCCAGACGCUAAUCAGGAUGCAAACAAUGUGCCCAGACUACCUGACAUCGAAUGGAGACAAGACCCAUCGAGAUUACAAGAUUGGUAAAAUAUAGGCUGUUAUUAUUUUCAUGAUUUGAAGAUGCAGGCAUUUGCACAUAAUUGUAUGUUUUUGUCUAUCUGAUGACAUUGUUAAAAAAAAAAAAAAAAAAAUCAGACUUCAUGUUCAUUUUGGCAGAUCCCGCAGCUCUCGUGCAUAUAAAAUAAUAAUAUAAAAACGUUGGGGGGAAAGAAGGAGAUGAGUCGUUGUUAUAUCUUGACCGAGUGACCCACACGACACCUUUAUUUGCUUUUACAACUUUACUCAACGUCAAGUGACUCUAAACAACAACUUUUCUCUCUUUUAGUGAAGGAGUAAGGCACAAACAAUAACACAUCUAAAUGACAUGCGUACACUCUACUGGUGAACUCCCGUAUUACAACUAAAUAUCCACUAUAUCACAGUCGCCGAUGGAUUUCUCCACUUUAUUGUGGCAACAAUAAGAAAACAAAGUGGCGUCUAAUGGUGUGAGGAAAUGUAGUUUUUUCACACAAGCGAACAGAUUACAAAGCACCACAUCAGUGUUGUCCCGAGACUACAUUUCCCAUGAUUCACUGCGUGGCCUGCGCGCUCGCUGAUUCGCUGCCAGACAUUAAAAGCAACACUUGUCACCUGUCAGCGGCUCUCGCGAAGCGGCGAAACACAAACUAGAAGGCUAUCAAGCGAUCACCGUGAAAGAAACGGCGAACCGUACAAAUGCAAUGCUUGAAGCAUGAAGGUGUAAAUACAUAAUACAAAUACAAAUAAAUGUGCAAAAACUGACCGGCGGUGUGUGUCUCUUACUGCAACGUGUCCGUGAAUUACCGCGACGCCGACCCGCUUAUGUGCACAUCCACACCCCUUUCCCUAUCGACAGUGGAUUAACCCUUUCGGACAAGAUCGUAGAUGACGCACAAUUUAAACAUGCUUAACCUAGCGAACGCAACAACAACGAUGAUCGGGGAUUGCCACGAGUUAACUUUCGGCUAACGUCGCUAGCUUAUACUGUUCAUUCCACAACAGUUGGCAGCUCUGCUUUGACAAAGUCAUCAGUCAUCUAUCCAAAAAUCACACUUUUUGGCAAAUCCUUGAUCAUAAGCAGACCGGUUAAGGAAGCAGGCAUCUUCGAAGUGUUUGCAGCAGAGAACACUACUCGAUGAUGGCAUGAAAUUCAUUCGCUUCGUGCGAACGAAAGAUAUCCAUUUACGUGCCCUGCUAUCCUUUGGCCACUCAUACAACUUUUCGUUUGAGUGAGAACAAAACAUCGCCACACACUGCCGUGGCAUCUUACCGAGAAGCAAUGCAACAAACAAUACUGUUCUAUGGCGGACUUCCCUCGCACUUCCCGGUGUGACGUAAUUUCCGAAGAUUGCCGAAGAAAAGCAUUUUCGUUGUCAAGGGCGUUGCUAUGGGUUAAACCAGUACUUCUCAAAUAGUGGGGCGGGCCCCCCCCAGGGGGGCACAGAGUGAUGCUGGGGGUGGCGCAUGUAACCUUGGAGAACAUACUUUUUUGCCGUAUUAGAAUAAAGUGUAAUUGCACAUCCACUCAGUGGGUGGCAGUGCCGCUCUCAUUUUUCAGCAUGUGCGCAGUAUUUUGGAACCAAACGAGCACACAGCAAAGAGCCCCAGAAAUAUGAAAAGCUAAGACAAGUAAAUAUUACAAAGCGUAUGGAGCAUUUGGGUUUGACUUUUAGUACAGAGGGAGACGAGGAAAGACCAAUCUGUUUACUUUGUCUAAAAAUGUUCGCAGCGGACAGCAGGAGUUUUUUUUUUUUUUCAGCGAAAACAUGCCGAAUAUUGCCAACAAUCCUCCCGCUUAGUCAGUGUUACAUAAGUAAACCAGCGAGCUCUGUCAGCAUCACAUGAGGUGGCAUACCUAGUUGCUCAGUGCAAAAUAACCCCACACCAUAGCAAAGGAGCUGAUACUGCCUGUAGCAAAAAUAAAAAACUGUUCCUCCGUCCAAUGACACUGUGAUUUUUGUUCUAUUAAUUUUUGUUUUUUCGGUCUAAUUGUUUGGCAUAUUAUCUGAUGAGUUAAUGUUGCUAAUCAAUUUGAGUUUAUUAUUAUUUAUUGAUUUUAAUGCAUUUUAAUUUUCAGUAUCAAACGGUAAAAAAAUGUAUCUUGAGUGUAUUUUUACGGUA